GGCUCAGACAUGGCAGAAGAAAAUCAGACUCUGCUGACAAAGUUUGUCCUCACAGGACUGACAGAUGGUCCUGGGCUGCAGGUGCCCCUGUUCCUGGUGUUCCUCCUCCUCUAUGUCAUCACAAUGGUGGGCAACCUCGGGCUCAUUGGUCUCAUCUGGAAGGACCCCCACCUCCACACGCCCAUGUAUUUCUUCCUGGGAAGUUUAGCCUUGGCUGAUGCAUGCACUUCUUCUUCUGUCACUCCCAAGAUGCUUAUCAACUUUUUAUCUGAGAAUCAUAACAUAUUCCGGGUUGAGUGCUUCAUCCAAUUUUAUUUCUUUGGAUCAAGUGCAACCACAGAGUGUUUCCUCCUGUCAGUGAUGGCCUAUGACCGCUACGUGGCCAUAUGCAACCCCUUGCUUUAUCCAGUGGUGAUGUCCAACAGACUCUGUUCUCAGUUUGUAGGUGUUUCAUAUUUGGUUGGCUUUUUGCAUUCAGCAAUUCAUGUGGUUUUCUUGGUUAGAUUAACUUUCUGCAGGUCCAGAAUCAUACAUUAUUUCUACUGCGAAAUUUUACAGUUAUUCAAACUUUCUUGCACUGACCCUACAGUUAAUAUGCUUCUUGUUUUAGUAUUUUCAGCUUUUAUACAAGUCUUUACCUUCAUGACUAUUAUUGUCUCAUACUCCUACGUCCUCUUUGCCAUCCUGAAAACCAAAUCUGAGAAGGGCAGAAGCAAAGCCUUCUCGACAUGCAGUGCCCAUCUGCUCUCUGUCUCUUUGUUCUAUGGCACUCUCUUCCUCAUGUACGUGCGCCCUGGGUCUGGACCAGCCGAAAAUCAGGACAAGAUGUAUUCGUUAUUUUACACCAUAAUAAUUCCCCUUCUGAAUCCUUUUAUUUACAGUCUGAGGAACAAAGAGGUUAUAACUGCCUUGAGAAGAAAAAUGAAGAAAUAA